AUGACCCGUGCCUCCGUUCUAGCUGAUGCUCUAAACUCCAUCAACAACGCCGAAAAGACCGGCAAGCGUCAAGUUUUGAUUAGACCUUCUUCCAAGGUUAUCAUCAAGUUUUUGCAAGUCAUGCAAAAGCACGGUUACAUUGGUGAAUUUGAAUACAUCGAUGAUCACAGAUCUGGCAAAAUCGUGGUUCAACUAAACGGUAGACUGAACAAGUGCGGUGUUAUCUCUCCAAGAUUCAACAUCAAGUUCAACGAUAUCGAAAAAUGGACUGAAAACUUGCUACCAGCCAGACAAUUUGGUUACGUUAUUUUGACUACGUCCGCUGGUAUCAUGGACCAUGAGGAAGCCAGAAGAAAGCAUGUUGCCGGUAAGAUCCUCGGCUUUGUUUACUAA